AAACUGUACGUGCAACUAUUAAGUAUUGUCCUCCGUUUCUUCAAUUCUUUUUAAUAACUAACAAACAAAACAAGAGCAUUCAUUUGUAUAGCCCGCGACCAUGCCUAUCUACUCGGACUUUAAUGAACAAGCUUCCGGCUCAUCACAACCAUCUAUGUUUUUCCGCAGAAACAAGCCCUUGCAUUCUUAUUUAGGUGGCCGCAAGGUUGCUGAUGUAUUGUUGUGGAGGAAUAAAGCCUUAACAACAACAAUCUUGGCUGGUUUUUCCAUGAUAUGGUUUCUAUUUGUGGUGGUUGAAAUUCAUUUCAUCACUGUUUUAUGUUACCUUCUAAUGACGUUCAUGCUCAUCCUUUUUAUCUCCAUUCAAGGAGCCACUUUCUUUAAAUGGAGGGUUCCAACGAUAAAUGACAUUCAAGUAUCAGAAACAACAGCGAGAUACAUACAAUCAAGAAUAAACUAUCUGCUUACUAUAUUUUACAGGAUUUCAUGUGGACAGGAAAGCGCACGCUUCUUUGGGGCCCUUGCGUCUCUUUGGUUGUUAUCCAUUUUGGGAAGCUACUCGAGCGCUCUCAACGUAUUGUAUGUUGGCUUUCUCUGCUUGAUCACUAUUCCGGUUCUAUAUGAACAAUACGAGAGAGAGGUGACCUACAUCGCUACUCAAGGGAAACGAGAUAUGAAGAGAAUAUACAAUAAGUUGGACAGUAAAUUUAUCAGUAAAAUCCCUAGAGGCCCUGUCAAGGAGAAGAAAUACAUGUAAUAUUAUCACACUUUGGAAUUCAUUGCUUACAAUAGGCAUCAAACUCACUUAAGAGAGUGGCUCCAGACUCCAUAUGGAAUUUCAACUAUCCAUGAUCAGUCUUCUAUAUCACAACAAGUUAAACAAAAGUGAACAUUCAAUAUAUUUUUUACUACUAUAAUAAGAAGUUUAAGCUUAUGGGUUAUUUGUUUCUUGAAUGAAGGAGUGAAUUGCUAACCUAAUGUUUAAACUUAUGGGUUAUUUGUUUCUUGAAUGAAGGAGUGAAUUGCUAACCUAAUGUUUAAACUUAUGGGUUAUUUCUUUCUUGAAUGAAGGAGUGAAUUUCGAACCUAAUGUCAUAUGUAAUUUAAAGAGGCUAAGGUUUGUGAAGAGCGAAAUAAUA